GUUUCUACCUUCCCAUUUUAUUCAGAGCAUCAUAUUUACUAGUUUCAUAUAAUAUCAUAACACUUUGAAUUAGUUACACUAUUAGAUACGAGAAUAAAAAUGAAGAAUGAAAAUCUGAAUGGCAAUCGAAAUAGCAUCUGGUUACGUCUGAGGUCCUUGGAAAAAGCGCUGGCUCUCAAAAUACUGAAAUUCCGCAUUUGCCUGGAGAAAUGGGAAAGUUUUCUUCGGUCCGCCGAUUUUUGGACCCUGACAUGGAUAUGGACAGGGCUUCAAAUGACCAUCUGCAGUCUAAGGACAAGUAAGUGUCAGCAAAAUGAUUGCACCAGGCAGCAACCGCUCACCUGGUAUAGUGGUUCUGACUGCCGUACCAAUGGGUCUGAUUUUGAAUCGUUGAAAAAAGAAGAAUAUUUAGUUGGUUUAGCUUCCAAAAGUAAGUUGAUGUCAUGGGUUGCGACCCGCAUUCCGAGAGUUCUGUUGAAGAAAGGAUUUCCUUCCUGUUUUGCAGAUGGUAUCCUUCUAUGCGCCCUGGUGGAGAAACUGUGUAUGGGUGCUUGCCCGAGAUUUGACCUCUUAGAUCCAGAUGAGAAACAAAAGAAUCUUAAGUUUGCUUUAUAUCUCGUAGAAAAGCAUCUUGGUGUAAAACCCGAAGUAUCAGCGGAGGAAAUUUCAAAAGGCGGAAAACAAGCCGAAAACAAGAUGUUGCUUUUGAUUGCACAAAUUAAGAUGGCAUUUGAAAAAUCCAAUCCAGUACCAAUUAGGCCAGCCUAUCUAAAAACAGUGAAUUUUUUAACUCUUUUAUCUGAAGACAAGACAUAUGUUGCGAAAGGACUGGGUCUUCUAUUUGCCGUAAAAGGACAGAGAGCUUGUUUCAACAUCAUGAUGGAUUCGACAGACAAUUUGGAUAUGGUCAUAGAAAUUUGUGGUCCGAACCAUACAGUUUGCAGCAAAAGAUUCAAGAACGAUCCCCUUCCGUGUAGAAGCGAUUCAUUGGAAGAUUUCGCAGACAUAGAAGAUCCUUCUAUCCAGAGAGAAAUAUUGAAAAAGAAAAUUCCUUUGGAAUAUGAGAUAUUAGAGAAAAAGAUUUCAGUGGAAUAUAUUCCUAUUGUGAAUGGAAUACACACCAUCAGAGUAAUUUGCGGGGGUCAGCAUAUAAGAGGCAGUCCGUAUAUCAUCAAGGUUGAAAAUUCUGAUGAUAUGCCACUUACUGAGCUUUCUCAUCCAAAAAAUAAACCAGGAAGUUGGAAGCUAUGUGACAGUCCUUGUUGUGAUGAGCCUACUGAGUAUCCAAACUCGAAAACACGUUCUGAUAACAAGAGAUCUUUCAAACGGAAAAAAAUACUUCGAUAUAUUGUUGUUGAAGAUGGCAAAGAACACACCGCUGAAAAUCUUGAUGAACUUCGCAAGGUAGUUAGUAGUUUACAUAAUAUUAAAAAUAAGGAUGAUACUGGUUUGUUGAAAGACUUCAGUAAAUUUGAGAGUGAAAAAAGAAAUUUGGAGCAAAAGGUUAAAACGUCUGCUGUUAUAAAUGGUGGUGAGAAAAUUGCAUUGGAUGAGGUAACAAAAAACUCAAGAAAAGAGCACAAAGAUGAAAGAUGUGAUGAUAUUACAUCAAGUAUGAAUCAACAAUAUAUUAAGAAAACACAGAAUAGUGAAAGGCUUGUAGAAUCGAAGAUUAAAAAAGAGAAUGAUAUUUUAGUUUCAGAAUCAAAUUUUGAAAGACAACGCAGAUCUUCAAAUGAAAUUAAUGAUUUCAAUAAAAGUAUAACUACUGAAUAUUCUAAUGAUUCAGAAAAGUUUGUUACUCAUUUAGGAAUCCAAGAAGCAGUUCCUCAACGAAAGGUAUCCGAAAUCACGGAUACGAAAGUAGACUCAUUAAGAAUGAAGAACAACCAAAGAACUGAUGCCAAUAUUUUGUCUAAAGAAACACAUUUUAAUUGUUUGCCAAAGAUAGAACAAAAAUGCGAGAAUGCAGUUACAGAAGAAAAUUUCGCAUUACUUACAUCGUCUGAACAUGCAGAUGAUAAAAAUACUAAACACUCAUUAUCUAAUGGAUUUGAUGACGUUAACGAAAUUAUUUCAUCUGCUUGCACUGACAGUUCUUUAGAUUUCACUUCUGUCACAAACGGCGCAAAGAACAGUACCACGGGAAUAAAACUUUCAAAUGUUGAUUCAAAUAGAGAUAAGUAUUAUUAUAUAACCGAUAGCUCAAAGAUUCCAUUUUCUACCCCGAGAAAUGAUAAUAUUGAAAUAUUUGAUAAGUGUAGAAGCGAUCAACACAUAAAUCUACAUGAAAAUUUAACUGCCAAAAAUGAAAAUUCUACUUCCAAAAUUGAGCCGUCACAUAUCAUAAUGGGAAACAUGAAACGUGAUAUAGAUCUGAAGCUGGAAAACAGUAAAUUGAGCAAGUUAGCAUGCUCUAAAGAAGAUAUAAAGAAUGACGAAUGUACUUCAUUGUAUCAUUUACAACACUCAUACGAGAGCUCUAUAUUCCCACACCAGAGUAAGGAAAAUAUUCAAGCUAAUUUAUCACGUUUUGAAUGUGAUCAUAACUUAAGUUUUUACAUUGAUCACGAAGGUGUAACAGAUGAUAUAACAGCACCAUCAGGUAUUAAUUUCGAACAUGAAAACUUCGCUGGCGAAUCUUUAAUGAUGAAAAGUUCGAAUUGCAGAAAAGAAGAUACACAGAAUUUUGAGAGUUUUUCUAACGAUUCUUUUGAUGAUAGGAACAAUAGAUCACAAUCAAACAGUUUCGUCGACGUUUCACUCUGUAAAGGAUUUAGCAGUCAUAAAACCGAUCCACUUUGUCUGUUUAAUGUAAAAAAUGAUGAAAUUAGUAACGAUGAUGACACAAUAUCUCCAGACAUCGAAAUUCCUGAGCUCUUUAUUGGUGAUUUUGAAACGAAAGAAAAUAUAAAUGGUGGGGAAAUUAAAGAAAUCAAAAAACGUUUAUCGCGUUCCGGAAAAGAUGUAUUACCUAGCAUUCGUGAAAGCUCCAUGGAAGAUUUGAUUGAUUUCGAUGGAACCGAAACAGAAAAUGUAAUUCAACAAGAUACUAAAAAUACAAAUCUUUCAAGUGUGGAAUCUAGACUAGCUGAUCCAAAUGAAAAUUUGAAUGAUUCUGAUGCAGAUAAUACGCAGUUCAUAGAUAUUCCAAAAGAGAAUGCGGUAAGUCAAGUUUUACCCAGCCUUAACGAUUCCUUUCAAAGAAGCAAAAGUAGGGAAGAAUUUGAAACAGAAACCAAAAUAUAUCAUUUAGAGGACUACAGUAUUCCUAUUACAAACGGAUUUUCAACAAAUUUAUACAGUGCGUCACCUUAUAAAAACAAAGAUAGAACAGAAACUCAAACAGAACAUAUAAAGGAUAAAAACAACAAUUCAGCUUUGAGACCGUUAUCAGAGCUAUCCAGUUACCGAAUGGAUAAUAACGAAGAAAACAAUUUAAAUGUCAAAUGCAUCAAGAAAACAAAAGAUAGUUCACAAACAGAUUUUAAUUAUGGUAGUUUAAACUCAAAACCGCCCCCAAAUUCCUCUCAAAUAGAAGUUGCUAAUAUUUCGUCCAGUAGUUUGUCUUUUGAUGAGGAUGUUAAUGCUUUAUCAGAAGGAACACCUAGUAUGACUUCAAGUUACUUUGCUACCGAAUAUUACAGUCAGUUCAAACAAAAUGAACGUAUCAUUGCAGCAGAUGAGGCUCCAAAGAAAACUGAAACUGUAGAUUGCUCGAUGAGUACAGGAAACAAAUUUCACUGUAAAGACUGGAAAGAAAGACAAUGCUUGUCAGUGAAGAAAGUGAUUGAAAUCUUCCAGAAAGACAGGGAGGAGCCUGUCGACAAAUGGCCAGCAGUUGACCAGUAUAAGAAAAGUACCUGCAAAUCCCGAAGGCAGUUAAUUGGAAAUCUGUUAGUAGGCGACAAGAAAUAUGAGGACAAAAGAAUGGUUGAAUUGGAUACACUUGUUACAUCCUGGAAUGUCAAUAAACGACAAGACAGGAACGCUUGCUUUUCGAUUAAAGGACGGGUGGAAUUAUUCGAAAGAAAGAUAUUCAGAAGUAGUUCCGUGGAUGAAGGGAGAAAUUCAUCGGUUUUGCCAUUUCGUAAUAAGAAAAACUACUAUAAGAAAUUUUCCAUUUAAAACUCUAUUUUGUGCAACUAUUUAGAUUAGUAAUUUAACUAUGAUAUUUUUAUUUAUAAACGAAUAACGAUGUACAAGAACAAUAAAGCUAAAAUAAAUCAGUUUUAUUUCA